GGGAGUGGUUAGCUAUGGCAUGAGUUAAUGGCCAGCUAUUAAUGAGCUAGCGUGUGUGCUUGUUUAACGCUCAUUUGCUUGAUUAGUUUUAACUAAUCCAUCAUCAUAAUCACGAGUCACAAGGUUGGGCGGAUAAUGGCGGCGGCGGCGGAAGGAGAGAAGGGAGCUGCGGUGUGCGUGACGGGGGCAGGAGGAUACGUCGCAUCAUGGCUGGUCAAGCUUCUUCUCUCCAAGGGCUACACUGUUCACGGCACCGUUCGAGGAGACGCCGCAGGAGAUGUGGUAAAGUAUGGUCACUUGAAGAAGCUGGAAGGAGCUGCAUCGUCAAUGUCAGGGGAGGAGGGAAAAUUGAAGUUGAUGAAGGCGGACUUGCUGGACUACGAGUCGCUGGUUGGGGCUGUGGCAGGAUGCGCCGCCGUAUUCCAUGUUGCUUCCCCCGUACCCUUUGGCCUUAUCUCCGACAUCUCCACCGCUCAGAAGGAACUAUUGGGGCCUGCUGUGAAGGGUACAUAUAAUGUACUGAAGGCUUGCUCUGAAAUAAAUGUGAAGCGCGUAAUAAUUGUGUCCUCGGUAGCUGCUGUUUAUAUGAACCCUAAGUGGCCUGUUGAUAAAGUGAAGGACGAGUCUUGUUGGUCCGACGAUAAAUAUUGCUCUGAAACAAAUAACUGGUAUUGUCUUUCGAAAACAAUAGCAGAAAGAGAUGCCUUUCAGUAUGCACAAAAACAUGGGCUUGAUGUGAUUUCUGUUUGCCCAUCACUUGUUUUGGGCCCAAUGCUGCAGCAGACACCUAAUGCCAGUAGCUCUGUUCUCAUCUCUCUUUUGAAAGAAGGAUCUGAAACGGUUCAAAAUAAGACGCGAAUGGUGGUAGAUGUACGCGAUGUGGCUGAAUCACUGCUGCUAGUCUAUGAGAAGCCUGAGGCUGAAGGUAGAUACAUAUGCACCGCUCAUACACCAAGUGUUCUGGAUAUGGUGGAAAUGUUGAAGGAAAUGUAUGCAAACUAUAAAUACCCCAAAAGCUUCUCGGAGUCUGCAGGCAUAGACCACAAAGUGACUUCACAAAGGCUGCAGGGGCUGGGCUGGUCUUUCCGGCCUCUUGAGGAAACUCUUAAAGAUUCGGUAGAAAGUUACAGACAAGCUGGCCUCUUGGAUUAGCAUGUGUGCGCGCGCGCGUGUGAACCACUACUAUAAGCUAUAUGUAAUAGACUUCUUCUUUGCACCGUCUGAUUAUUGAAAUGGGUUUAUCUUAGAGCCCGUUUGAUCUUAAGGGUUGUUUGGUUGAUAUGUGUGGUUACACUCUUGGGGCCAGUUUGGUUGGGAGAUUUUACAUGAGAAGGAAAGUGAUCAUAUGUAAAUUUAAAAUAAUUUUUACAUUUAGAAAAAUUGAAAUAAAGUGACGACAAAAUAGUACUCCGUA